UUUAUGGCGACGUACGCGCUCGUUUCGCUUCUUGUGGUUUUUCUUCCGCUGUGCCGGACCCUCGCGGUGGUGGCCACGGAAGCGAGCGGCACCGUCUGGACCAACAACAGCAGCGGCAGCGGCGGAGGCGGAGGCGGAGGAGGAGGACCGGCAACGGCGUCAGCGGGAACGGGACCUGGACCUGGACCUGGAACGGGACCGGAAGUGUCUUCUCGGGGCUUCUCGGUCGACUCGGCCAUGGUGCAGCGAGCCUUGUACGUGCUGGUCGCCAUCAGCGCCUUUGGGCUUCUCUACUUCCUGGUCAGGGCCGUGCGCGUGAAGAGGCCCCCCCCCAGGAAGAAGUACGGCGUGCUGGCUCACUCCGAGGACGCCGUGGAGCUGACGGCGGCGGCCGCCAGCGACGACGAGGACGACACGCUCUACGACGCUCGCUCCCUCCGCAGAUGAGUGCGAAGGCGAUCGACGGCUGGUGACCAAAGAUGAUUUUUUUGCCUUCCUUGUGCUUUUUUUUUUUUUGGUGGUUUAUCAUCUUUAUUUUUGGAAUAAUUUAUAUUUCUUGUACUUUUUUUUUUUUUUUCCUGUCAUCUUCAAAGAGGAGGCGGAACCAGCUGACUGGUCCAACCGUGUUCGGCCAUCUUGGUGACCAGCAUCAUAGCUAAUGUGGACUAUACGUUUUUUUUUAUUAUUAUUGUUUUUUUUUUUUUUUUUACCGGGGAAGGGCUCACGGUGACGGGUUUAAUGCUGACAAUGAAGCAGCAGGUGUUGUUUGGACCAAAAUGUUUCCAAUUAAAAAAUAUACUUUUGUAUUCAACCUUU